CUUCAGACACAAAUAUUCCUUGCAGGAAAGAUGAAGUUAAUCUUUGUGGUCAUAGUUUGCUUCUGCAUUUUGGUGAACACACAAACAGGUGCCAGACCGAUCGAGGAUGAAGAAGACCCCUACAGGCAGCCUGCAAAUAUGCCCUACUGGCCUUUCACAACCACCGAUUUCUGGGCAUAUGUGGAAUACUUCCGUAUCCUGGGAGCAUACCAUAGAAUCAACGAGAUGGCCAGGACCUUCUUUGCUCAUCAACCUCUUGGAAGUACUCUUGGAUAUCAUGUCCCAGAUCAUGAGCACUAACUCACUUGGCGAUUCCCAACAAUUACCAAUGCCAACGGAUCACCAGAAUUGCUUUUCUAACAACUGUGUUAUUCCACUGCUUAUUUUAUAUCAAAUACGUAACUUCUGUUCCUGGUACUUCUAAUGUUAA